GAAAGAAAUCCGCAGUAUUCCGCACAGCUGUAAGUAAGUGACGAUGUUCUUUCUAUCAAAUGUGGUGGAGUUAUGCAAAUAAUCCAGGUUCUUUCAUAACUCGCAUGCACGAUGACAUCGACCAAUCAUAGUGCUUUCGCUUCAGUCCUUUGAACUAUUUUCUUAGCUCGCUUCUGUAAGCCAUCUCCGUCUCGGAGAACAAAAUAUAUUUGCCUCUGCUCUCAUGGAGCUCUGAUCUUAUCAGAUUCUUCUUUAACGAAUAUUGCAACAUGUCGACAUUGGCAACGAAGUCACUGCGGCAGGCUUCACGCCUCUGCUUGAAGCAGCCAGCUUCAGCAUCUAAUCUAUUGAGAAAUUCCGCCACAACUCGAGUUGCGGGGAUAGCAGACCAAAAGACCGUGAAGAGGGGAUAUGUCUCUGAGACGAAGAAGGAUAGUGCGCAGGUCAACAUCGAUACAGCAAUCCGUGCGGAUCAGAAAGCCUUCUUUGCAGAGACUGGCAAGCUCCCUGAGAAUCAGAUUAUUUCAGGAACCAAUGUCAACGCUGAUGCUAUGAUGAGUCCAAUGGCUGGCGUCUUACAGCAAGCGACUGUUAUGGAUGAAGGACAACGGCCUAUCUAUCUUGAUAUGCAAGCUACGACUCCGGUCGAUCCUCGCGUCCUGGAUGCUAUGCUUCCAUAUUAUACUGGACUGUACGGCAAUUCCUCCUCUAGGACGCAUGCAUACGGAUGGGAGACCGACAAGGCAGUGGAGACUGCUCGAGAGCAUGUCGCAUCGCUCAUUGGUGCUGAUCCAAAAGAGAUUAUCUUCACCAGCGGUGCCACCGAAAGCAACAACAUGAGUAUUAAGGGCGUGGCAAGAUUCUUUGGCAGAGCAGGCAAGAAGAGGCAUAUCAUCACUUCGCAGACAGAACACAAAUGUGUUCUGGAUAGUUGCAGGCAUUUGCAAGACGAAGGAUUCGAUGUCACAUACCUUCCAGUCCAGUCCAAUGGCUUAAUUAACAUGGACGAGCUAGAAGCUGCGAUUCGACCAGAUACAGCUCUUGUCAGCAUCAUGACCGUGAACAACGAAAUUGGUGUUAUUCAACCAAUAGAGGCGAUCGGCAAGCUGUGCAGGUCGAAGAAGGUUUUCUUCCACACCGAUGGUGCACAAGCCUUCGGGAAAAUCCCAAUGGACGUGAACAAGAUGAAUAUUGAUCUGAUGUCCCUUUCAGGACACAAGAUCUAUGGACCAAAGGGUAUUGGAGCUUGUUACGUCCGAAGACGACCUAGGGUCAGAAUCGACCCCAUUAUCAGUGGAGGUGGACAGGAGAGAGGUCUCAGAAGCGGCACGCUUGCACCAGCUCUAGUUGUUGGAUUCGGUGAGGCGUGCCGCAUUGCGAAAGAGGAACUUGCUUAUGAUUCCAAGCGAAUUAAGUAUCUUUCGGACAGACUUCUCAAGGGUCUCCUAUCACUUGAGCACACAACCCAGAAUGGAGACUCAGACAGCUUCUACCCUGGGUGUGUCAACGUAUCGUUCGCAUACGUCGAGGGCGAGUCUCUCUUGAUGGCUUUGAAGGAUAUUGCCUUGUCAUCCGGCAGUGCAUGCACUUCAGCGUCACUCGAACCUAGUUACGUGCUUCGUGCACUGGGCAGCAGUGACGAGAGUGCCCACAGCAGUAUCAGAUUUGGUAUCGGUAGAUUUACCACUGAGAGCGAGAUUGACUAUGUUCUGAAGGCGGUUAAGGAGCGAGUCACGUUCUUGAGAGAAUUGAGCCCACUUUGGGAGCUGGUGCAGGAGGGCAUCGCACUCGACAGCAUUGAGUGGAGCCAGCACUAGUUGGACAUUGGCCAGGGGAAAUGGGAGUUUGGCGCCGGUUUAUGAGAUCAUGCCUUCGAUGGGAAGACAUUUCGUGUAACAUAUUCAGCAGCCUAUUGACUGCAUGUAUACGAUCAUUGAUUGGGAGGUACACCAUUCUCCUCACGAAUGAAUUUAUGAAGAGUUAUUUAAC